UUCAUUUGUAGAGGCUGAAGGAUAUAUCAAACAAGACUUCAAUGGCUAAAAUUUUAUAUCUCAAGGAUACCAUUAUUUUCGUCCUCGCUCUGGCUUUUGUAAUCAAGAUUGUUUCUGCUGGUGGUGAGAGAUCACUUCGUCCAAACGAAUGUGGUCAUGCUUGUGAUCAUCGAUGUUCAAAGACUUCUCACAAGAAGCCGUGUUUGUUCUUCUGCAAAAAGUGUUGUGCAAAAUGUUUGUGUGUUCCAUCUGGAACUUAUGGCAACAAACAAGAAUGUCCGUGCUAUAACAACUGGAAAACUAAGGAAGGAAAACCGAAGUGCCCCUAAUUCAUGAUUUUUUGCUCCCACACGGCUCGUUUGUGAGCCGUGAGGGGUUGCCUCUUUCGUUUUUUUCGUGUUUACUCCUCUGAUUUGGACUCAAGUAUUGCUUGUGCUCAUUGUAUCUCCGUUG